AUGACGACCCGCCCAAAGGUCGACACCAUCCUCGUCACCAUAGCGCGCGAGCUACCGGCCAGCUGCCUCGACCAGCUGCGCACCGUGGCGCGCCAGGUACACUGCUACCCAGCCAACGAUCCGCCCGCCUCGGUGCUCGCAACCGCCACCGUCCUGUUUUGCUCGAUCCGCGGCUUGCCCGCCAGCGUCACCUCGCUCUCGCAGCAGAUGCCAAAGCUGCGCUUGAUCCAGCUCGUCUCGGCCGGCGUCGACCAGCUGCUGACCUCCCCGGCCUUUGACCAGGUAGACGACCCAGUGAGGAGAGGCAUCAUGGUGGCCAACUCUAGCGGCACCCAUGUCCCCACCAUCCCGCCCUACGUCUUCGCGACCGUCGUCAUGCUCUACAUGCGCUUGCACACGCAGUACCUCAACGCCGCCACCCGCGCCGCGUGGAUCGACGACCUCCCCAACCCAGACGGCUCGCCCUACUUUGCCAGAUCCGUCCGCGGCAGGACGGUAGGAUUGCUGGGCUACGGCUCCCUCGGUCGAGAGACGGCCCGGCUCUUCGGCGCCGCUGGUGCACGCAUCAUCGCCGCCAACACCACAGGGCAAAGGACUAAGGACGACGGCUACGUCAUUCCCGGCACCGGAGACGUCGAGUGCCUCCUGCCUGAACAUGUCUACUCGACCGCAGACGAAGACGAUAUGGCCUCGUUUCUCUCCCGCUGCGACAUCCUCGUCGCUUCCCUGCCCUCGACGGCAAAGACCCGAUACAUGCUCGAAGAUCGACAUUUUCGCCUUCUGCCUCGAGACGCCGUCUUCGUCAACGUCGGACGCGGCGACGUAGCCAGGUCCUCGGUCCUUCUUGCCGCGCUCGAGCGGCAUGCCGACGAUGGCAACGGCCCUCUCCUGGGCCUCGUCGCGGACGUCACUGACCCGGAGCCACUGCCGGCGGGCCACCCUCUCUACACCCACCCAAACGCCAUCAUCACCCCGCACCUCUCGGGGACGGCCGGAGACGAAGAGUACCGCAUCGCUACCGACAUUUGCCGCGUCAAUGUCAAGCGUCUCGCCGAGGGCAAGCCCUGCCUCAACCUUGUCGACGUCAGCAUGGGCUACUAG